AUGUCGAUCGAGUUCAAGCAAUACAAAGCGAAAGAACUUUGUCUUCCUAUGCUCAAGACGGUUUUGCCACUGGACGAUGAGUCGCUGGGUCAAAUAUUGGACUACGCAGUAGUGAACCUCCACAACAGGCUAGAGGCUGAAACCCAUUUUGUGAAUUUGCUUGGAACUUCUCCUGAUGCGCUCAAAUUCAUAAAUGCAUUUUUGGUGCUGAUAUAUGGAUUAACAGAUGAUGAACAACUAGGACUCAAAGUGCCGAAAUCUUCGGCCAAGAGUAAGUCUGUAAAGGUUGCCUCACUUCCUCAGUCCAAAAUAGCCGCCAAGAUGGCACGUUUGGCCCAAACAGAGACUCAGAACCGAAGCAGAUCACCUUUAUCGCCAAAUUCAACUGGAAUCACCACUUCGCAGCUGAUAGACCAACCAACAGAAUCGACACAGCAAACACAAGCAGCCAAAAAGGCCAAAAAGAAGACUUUGAACAACUUAAAAGACAUAGAAUCUGCUCUUACAGAACUCGAAGUGGCAAAUUCUUCGGAGAUUUCAAGCACUGCAAAGCGCUAUUGCAACUGCAUGGGCACCAGGCACCCUCUGUUUGAGAUGUUUCCGAACUGUUUGAACUGCGGUAAGAUCAUCUGUGUGAAGGAGGGGAUCCAACCCUGUUCAUUCUGUGGCAAGGAGCUAUUGUCUAGCUCAGAUUUCGCUGAGAUCCAGCAAAUUUUGGAAAGAGAGAAGGAGGAGUUGGAAGGAAAGCCAAAGGUCUCGACUAUCGUGCAGCCCAAGGCGAAGAAGAGAGAAAAGAUUACAGUCUCAUUGAAUUCCACAGGAACGAAUAAUUUUAAAGAGCAAGAGAGGUUUUUCCACAAAGUUGAAAGGAAACUGGAACAAGACAGGGCAAAGGAAGCGGAGGAGGCCUUGCAGCUGCAGGAGACCAAGAAAAUACAACAGCAAAUUGAAAAGUACGAGUCCACCAAAGACAAGGAUCCUGAGCUUCUGAAGGCACAGGAAAGAUUGGACAACCUUUUGAACUUCCAGGAGAAUGGUGUGGAGAGAACGAAGAUCAUUGACCAGGCAGCCGAUUUCGAGACUCCAAAUUCGGCCUCUAGUCUGUGGGCGUCUCCAGUGGAAAGAGCCAUCCAGCUGAGAAAGCAGCAGAAACAGCUAAGAAAGCAGGAAGAGCAGGAGAGAGCAAGAAAUGGCAAGGGAAGACAUGUGGUGGAUGUGGUGGUAAAAAAUGGCAAAGUGUUCCUCCACGAAAAAGCUCCCACAAGUCAAGAGACGGAAACUACCGAAGAGGACAAAGACAUCAACAAGCUCCAGGAGGAGCUGACCCAGGUCAAGAUCAAAGAAGAUAAAGAGAGGUUCUCGAAUAUUUGGGAUUAUAAGCAGGACAAAUACAGGUGGCAGAAGCCUAUGUAUCUUUCAGCUCCAUCAGACACGAAAACCGAAUCUUCUUUGCUGGAGGCUCCAUUAUUGGUGAAUGCUGACUUGAAGAAGGUGCAAUUUGGCAAUGAAAACGACAUUGAGGAUAAUCUAUUUAGGCUGCCUGGCAUAUAG